GGACCGGCCGCCCUUCUGGGUUCGAGCUGGUGCCCACCCUAGCGUAGGGAGCACCUGGGGGUCGACAGGGAGCUCAGGGCCCUGUGAGGAAGAGGAGGAUCUCUCAGCUCCCCCCCCCGCCGCCCUCAUGGCAGCCACAGUGGUUUUAGGAGAUGGGGUCCCCUCGGGGGGCUCCAGCGGGCGGCUGAACCCGGUGGAGACGCUGCAGGAGGAAGCCAUUUGCGCCAUCUGCUUGGACUAUUUCGUGGACCCCGUUUCCAUCGGUUGCGGGCACAAUUUCUGCCGCGUCUGCAUCUCGCAGCUGUGGGGCGGCGAGGCCGAGUACGAGGUGGCCCCGGGGGCCGCGGCGGUGGGCGGCGGAGAGGUGGGGAUGGGCGACGUGCUGGAGGAGGAUCUGGAGGAUGAGGAGGAUGAGCUGGAUGAGGACGAGCUGGAUGUGGAGCAGGAGGAAGAGGAGGAGGACGGCGGCGCGGAGGAGGAGGAAGACGACAUGUGGAGCGAGGAAGAGGACGACACCGACCUGUGGGAAGAUCCCGUGGAUGAGGACAUGUGGGACGGUGGGGUCGGGGGAGAGCUUUACUUUGGGGACGAGGACUAUGACGAGGAUGUGAUGGAGGAAGAUGUGGAGGAAGAGGAGGAGGUGGAAGAGGAGGAAGAAGAGGUGCAGACGCCUCCUCCCCCUGUCCUGGCCACGCGGCCUCGACGCCUCCAGACCUUCACCUGCCCGCAAUGCCGAAAAACCUUCUUCCAGAGGAAUUUCCGACCCAACCUUCAGCUGGCCAACAUGGUGCAAAUCAUCCGCCAGCUGCACCCGCACCCCCAGCGCCUCGCGCCGCCCGCCGCCGGUCCCUCGGUUUCGGGUGCCGCAGUGGGGGUCCCGGGGGUCCUGGUAGCGGUGGGGGGUCAGGGGCCACCGAAUCUUUGCGAGAAGCACCAGGAACCCCUCAAGCUCUUCUGCGAGGUGGACGAACAAGCCAUCUGCGUGGUGUGCAGGGAGUCACGGAGCCACAAGCAUCACAGCGUCGUCCCUCUCGAGGAGGUCGUGCAGGAUUACAAGAACAAACUCCAGAGCCACCUGGAGCCGCUCAAGAAGAAGCUGGAUGCGGUCCUGAAGCAGAAAUCCAAUGAGGAGGAGAAGAUCACGGAGCUGAGGGACAAGAUGAAGCUAGAGAUCAAGGAAUUCGAGUCGGACUUCGAGCUGCUGCACCAGUUCCUCAUCGGGGAGCAGGUCCUGCUCUUGCACCAGUUGGAGGAACGCUACGAGAGCUUGCUGGCCCGUCAGAGCAGCAACAUCAGCCAGCUGGAAGAGCAGAGCGCUGCCCUCAGCCGGCUCAUCGCCGAGGCGGAGGACAAGAGCAAACAGGAUGGGCUGCAACUGCUCAAGGACAUCAAAGGCACUUUUAUCAGAUGCGAGAACAUCAAAUUCCAGGAGCCCGAGAUGGUGCCGGUGGACGUGGGGAAAAAAUAUCGCAACUACUUUCUGCAGGACGUGGUGAUGAGGAAGAUGGAGAAAGUCUUCAGUAAAGUCCCUCAAGCCGACGUGACCCUGGACCCCGACACAGCCCACCCUCGCCUGAGCCUCUCCCUCGACCGACGCAGCGUCAAGCUGGGCGAACGCCGCCAGGACCUGCCGGACAACCCCAAACGUUUCGAUUCGGAUUAUUGCGUGCUGGGUUCCCAGGGCUUCACCACCGGCCGUCACUACUGGGAGGUAGAGGUGGGAGGCCGACGAGGUUGGGCGGUGGGCGCAGCCCGCGAAACGGCUCGUCGCAAAGAGAAGACCGUGGGGCCUCACCAGAAACGAGAAAUUUGGUGCGUGGGCACCAACGGGAAGAAGUACCAGGCGUUGACGGCCACGGAGCAGACGGCCCUGUCGCCCAGCGAACGGCCCCGGCGCUUCGGCGUCUACCUGGACUACGAGCGGGGUCAGCUCUGCUUCUACAACGCCGAAAGCAUGACCCACAUCCACACCUUCAACGCCUCCUUCCACGAGCGCAUCUUCCCUUUCUUUCGCAUCUUAGCCAAGGGCACCCGCAUCAAAAUCUGUGCCUGACCGGCCGUCCCUCGCCCUCCCCGCCGGCCGCCUCUUCCCACGCCGGAUCCAGCCUCACCCUGGGAUCUGGCCUUGCACACAGCCAUGCUCUUUUUCCUACCCUACCCCUUAAUCCCUCGGAUCCCGUUUUGGGAUCCAACGCUGCACUUGUCGUCUUGCACCUGCUUGCUCACAAGGCCUCUUCCCUCGACCUCCCGUCAGCUCCUCCCCGGGAUCUCGCCGCCACGCCGAUCCGAAGCUGGUUUUGUUUGGAAUAGGGAAGGAUCCGCCUCGGAGGUGUUUUUCACGUAGGCUCUUGCUGCUAGGAGCUCCUCUCUCCCUUUUCCCGGUCGACGCCUGAAGCUUUCCAGCGUGCUCGCCGCCCGCGGUUGAGUGCCGAGCUGCGUCUUGGCUCUCUUCGGACGCAGAGCUCGAGCCCUCGAGCUCCUGGGGAGGGUCUGUACGUCGGGGAGCGAGCGCUCCUGGCUUCUUGAAACUCCCAUCAUCAUCUUCCCAAAAUCAUCGGCUUUCGUAUCCCAGUUGCACCAAGGUGCCUGGAUUUCUUGGGAUUCACCUUCUGAGCAUCUUCGGACCCCAGCUGGUGUUCGGACCCGGAGUCAAACCCGUCUUAACCUGCGAUCUUCUCCUGUUCCUCGCCUUCCCUGUCACUUUUUUUUG